UUACAAGUUCAUUGAUUUGGUUGAUCUUGUAUAAUUACAAGAGUACCCUCAGUGCCAAGAGAUCCGUAUAACGGCUGACUGAUGAAUAAUAAUAAUAACUUCUCUGGGUCUUAGAAAAAAGGCAAAUCAUUUCAAAGCGAAAGGCAAAGGGAAAACGUAAAGAGGGCAGAGCCCUUCUUCUUCUUCUCCGAGAAGGAGCUUGCAGCCUCUGUCUUUUCAAGGAUUCUUUUCGAUGCCCAGUUGAUAAAGGAAGCGACUUUAUUUUAACCAACGAGAUUUUAUCAUCAGGGUUGGUUAAUUGGUUUGUUAAUUUGACAAGGAUCACUGAUCACCCUCUUGAGAACAUCUCGAGCUUUCCCAGAUCUAUCGGAGCUCCUGGGUUUAUAAAUCGCUGACUUCACAAAUCGAUGGGAGCAGUGGCUGCGUGGGUUGCUACAGAGAACACAGAUCAACUGCCACCACUCUGAAGGAUCCACCCUCCAAUUCCAUUGCUCGACCGUGUAAGAAGCCAAGUGUCUCCGAAGAUUUCUGGUCAACAAGCACUGUUGAUAUGGACAACAUCACCUUCCCUUCACAGGGGAGCUUAUCAUCUAACCAGACUUUUGAUUCUCAGUCUGGUGCUAGAAACUCUAAUGCUCCUCCUGAGUUUGUAAAUCAAGGUCUUCUUCUUUGGAAUCAGACACGGGAGCGAUGGGUGGGCAAGGAAAAACCCAACAACCCGGCGGAUCGCAAUCAUGGAACCAAGUUAAAUUGGAACACAGCAACGUAUGAUAGCUUGCUUGGGAGCAACAAGUUAUUUCCCCAACCCAUUCCUCUCACCGAAAUGGUGGAUUUUCUAGUGGACAUAUGGGAACAAGAAGGUCUAUAUGACUGAUGAAACAAGACUUGGAAGAUACACAUACACACUGGUUCGGGCAUUUCCGAUUUUUUUCUUUUCGGUUUUGUUUUCGUUUCUUAAAGCCCUUGUUGUUGUUACCACUUACCAUCUUUCAUUUGGAGUUGAUCGAGAAUACUGGGAAAUGUGGCUCAUACGUUUUCACCGUAAAUGAGAAAUAUCCCUUAUUAUACCA